CUCGCGCCUCUUUCUUCGCCUCUGUCAUUGCCAGCUCCAAAGCCAGAGAGCAGAGCAUCCAAGAACCACACUCGGCGCCGCGGCCAUGGCUUCCACCGCACUCUCCUCGGCCUUCUCCCUCCUGCGCGCCGCACCAGCCACCUCCUCCCUCCCCCGGUCACACCCUUUCGUCCACAUGAGCCGCGGCCGGCGCCCUUCCGUCGCCGUUGCGUGCACCACCACCACCGCCUCCCCAAAGGUGGUCGAGCUGGGGGACGCCAUCGCGGGGCUCACCCUGGAGGAGGCCCGUUUGCUGGUGGACCACCUGCAGGAGCGCCUCGGCGUGUCGGCGGCGUCGUUCGCCCCGGCCGCAGCCGUGGCCGCCGCACCGGCUGCCGCGGAGGCGGAGGCGCCGGCGGAGAAGACGGAGUUCGACGUGGUGAUCGAGGAGGUCCCGAGCAGCGCCCGCAUCGCGACCAUCAAGGUGGUGCGCGCGCUGACCAGCCUGGCGCUCAAGGAGGCCAAGGACCUCAUCGAGGGCCUGCCCAAGAAGCUCAAGGAGGCCGUCGGCAAGGACGAGGCAGAGGACGCCAAGAAGCAGCUCGAGGCCGUCGGCGCCAAGGUCACCAUCGCCUGAUCCUGGCAUUGCUGAGCUACUACUAGGACUUCCCAUAAUUUCCCCCAAAUUUUACCUUCUCCUCCAGAAGCCGUUUUGUGUAAUUGUAUCCGGUUGCAAGAUUCUGCGUCUUUCUACUCUGUUUAUUUUUCUUCA